UUGGAUGAGACCCAAAAACCGGUGAGAACGAGAAUGUAAUGGACAAUCAGAUAUACUCAGACUCUUUGGACAAGUGUUUUCUUCGAUUUUGAUGGCAUCAUGCAUCGAAAUCGAUCGGUACGGUCUCAUUCCUCUUGCUGUCGCCCCUCUCCCUUGCCGUCGUCCCUCCUCCAAAACCCUAGUUCUCACUCGCCCCUCUGCCAAAUUCAGUCUCGGACUCGUUCUUCAUGGGCCCAGAACCGUCUUUCGCAUCAACCGCCGCCGGUUCAUUACGGCCGUGGCGAGGACUGAACCGGACCGGCGCGGUGAGGACAGUGCCACAGAGGAAGUUGACAAAGGCCUUAAAUUACCAAUCAACGAAGAUUUGGUUUCUGAGCAUCAACAAAAAGAGAGUCAGUUUAAGAAAAGGGUUGUUUUUGGACUAGGCAUUGGAAUUCUAGUUGGUGGUGUUGUAUUGGCUGGAGGAUGGGUUUUCACAGCUGCCCUAGCUGCUGCUGUUUUUGUCGGUGCACGUGAAUAUUUUGAGUUGGUUAGAAGUCAUGGAAUUACCGCAGGAAUGACACCUCCUCCUCGAUAUGUGUCACGAGUUUGCUCUGUUAUCUGUACUGUCAUGCCGUUACUUACACUGUACUUUGGUAACAUUGAUGUUUCCGUGACAUCUGCUGCCUUUUUUGUUGCUAUGGCAUUGCUUUUGCAGAGGGGAAAUCCUCGUUUUGCUCAGCUUAGUAGUGCCAUGUUUGGGCUAUUUUAUUGUGGUUAUCUUCCUUGUUUCUGGGUUAAGCUUCGAUGUGGUUUAGCAGCUCCUGCCUUAAACACCAGAAUAGGAACGGCUUGGCCUUUUCUUCUUGGUGGUCAAGCUCAUUGGACAGUGGGUCUCGUGGCAACCUUGAUUUCUAUCAGCAGUAUAAUUGCAGCAGAUACAUAUGCUUUUCUUGGGGGCAAGGCAUUUGGUCGAACACCACUCACCAAUAUUAGUCCAAAGAAGACAUGGGAGGGAGUUAUUGCAGGCUUAGGUGGUUGUAUAGCCACUUCUGUUAUAUUGUCAAAGAUUUUCCGCUGGCCAACAUCUUUAUCAAGUGCAAUAGCUUUUGGAUUUCUGAAUUUCUUUGGAUCUCUUUUUGGGGACCUUACUGAGUCAAUGAUCAAACGUGAUGCGGGUGUCAAAGACUCCGGGUCUCUUAUUCCUGGGCAUGGUGGAAUACUUGAUAGAGCGGACAGUUACAUUUUCACUGGUGCACUUGCAUACUCCUUUGUCAAAACCUUCCUGCCACUUUAUGGAGUUUGAUUUUCAAAAUUGUGACCAUUGCCAAAGGGGAAAAAUACAAAUGAAAGUGGGAAAUUUUCUUGUUAUCCAUCUGGAAACUGGAGCAAACACAAGCAUUUAUGCUUGAUAAAUGUGGAGAGGUUCGCAGGCAAAAGAAACAUGAUGUAAAAUGUAUCACAGAUUCACAAUAGCUGUUUUCAACUCAAGCAGACUGUAAUUCUUUCCUGAAUCCCAGAUUGAGCAGUAAGUACAUUCUUUCUGUAAGCUUUUUGUGAAUGACAUGAGAUAUACUGAACCCUGCCAUGUUCCAUUGAUGUGGGACUUCCGCGUUAAGAUGAUGCAACUAGAGCUGGGUGCAGAUAUUGUAAUUGUUUGCAAGGCCAAUGCCAGCUUGCUUGUAGAGAUUUAUGAAGUUCAUUUUGUUAGAAUGGAAAUGAGUUCUUUAUCUUCUUCUGAGAUGAUAGCUUCAGCCA